AUGCCGUCGUCGUUUUUACGUCGGCAUGUACGCGGCUUACUACGGGGUAAGUUUAGCCCAUCACCAAGCCUUGAAGACGCGCCCGAAGUUGAGUAUGACCCACCAACGCCUUCCAACGAACAAGAAACAUUCUUUUCCCAAUGCCAUCUAGCGGGUAUCGAUGGAAGGCGGUUAGACUUCCCAGAAGUAUAUUGCGGUAAGACGGGCCUCGACAUACCGUGUAUACAACUGGAAUGUUUUGAAACUGACGUUUUCGCCAGUUACACAGGUCCCGACGGAGGUCUGACGCAGGUGAAGAUCUUUCGCACAACUGGUCCUUUACGCCAAUAAUU